UUACCAAAAGAUGAAAAUCUUUCAUUUCAAGAAUUAGCAAAGUUCGAAAAACUUUUUUCCAUGGGUGAAAAAGGUAGCCAAGGUCAUGUUGUUGCAGGUGAUGAUGAAGUUGAAACUGAUGAUGAAGAUUUCUUUGUCAAUUCAUCUUUUGUUAACACAAAUUUAGAAAAUGCUAAAUUAGAGAAAUUAUCAUUAUCAAAACAAAUGGAAAGAGAUGGUAUCGAUAAAAAUUCAUUUAAAAGAAAAUUUAAAGAAUCUAGUGACGAUGAAGAAGAGGAAUUAAAUGAAAAUGAUGAAGUUUUUAAUGAAGAUGAAGAUGAUGAUUUUAGUGAUGAUGAUGAUAUAAUUGAAGAGCAAGUUAUGAAUGAUGUUAAAAGAGAAUGGAAACAAGAAGCAGUCGUAAAGAAGAAAUUACCAAUUAAAACACAUGAUGGUAGAAUUAAACCAAUUACUCAAGUCAUAUCUGCAAAAGAUUAUAAAGAAAGUCAAGAGAAGCAAGAAAAGAUUAUGGAAAAUAUAAAGGAACAGGUUUUAAAAGAAAGAAAAAUAAAAGAUAAAAAUAAUAAGAAAAAGAAACCAACUCCACAACCAGAAGUUAAAGAACAACCAAAACCACCACAAAAAAAAUCUAAAGAAGAAGAAGAAGAAUCAGAUGAAAGUGACACAGAAUUAAAUGUUGAGGAGUUACAAGGCGAGGAUAUGGAUGAUUAUGAAACAGCUGAAGUCUCACCAUUUGAUGAAGCAAGAUUAGGCGAAUUAAGCGAAGCCGAUAGAUAUUUAAAAGAACAACAAUUAAUUCAAAGUGCAAAAAAUAAUUUAGCAAGAUCAUCACAAACCAUUAUUUCAAAUCCAGAAAUUAAUAUUAAUUCAAUUAAAGAUUUAUUUUCAAUUUGUAUAAAUAAUAAAAAUAUUGUUAUUAAGAAAUAUAGUAUUUUAUCUUUAUGUGCUGUAUUUAAAGAUAUUAUUCCAGGUUAUAAAAUCAGUAAAGAUUUAGUUGAUGAACUCAAAGAUCCAUCAGGUGCAGGCGAUAAGAAGGAUAAACAAAAGCUUAGUAAAGAUGUUAAAAAGAUUAAGGAAUAUGAAAAGAGAUUAUUAAAGUUUUAUCAAAAUUAUUUAGUUUUAAUCGAAAACUCAAUCAACAAUAUUGUAGCUUUAUUACAAAGAAAGAAACCACAAGGCAAUGGUAUCGGUUUUUUCAAAAUUAAUGGUGGUUAUAGCAACAACGAUCUCACAUCAUUAUUACAAUGUAUCCUUAAAGCAGUAUCAACAUUACUUUGUGCUCAUCCACAUUUCAAUUUCCGUACCAAUUUAGUUACUAUCACAUGUCGUUUCACAGUAUUCAGAGAAAAAGAAAUCUCUAUGAUGUGUUUAGAAGCAAUUAAAACAUUAUUUGAAAGGGAUUCAACUGGUGGUGAAACAUCGUUAGAGGUAGUACGUUGUUUAGCAAAUGUAGCCAAAUCAGCACAAUACAUGAUCGAUCCAAAAGUAAUUAGAGUUUUCUUAGCUAUUCGUUUAAGUGAUGUAGUCGAUAAAGUCAAUCCAUUCGGUUUAGCUACCGAUCAAAAGACCAUUCAAGAUAAAAAAAUGGGUAAACACAUUACUCGUACCGAAAAGAAAAAGAGAAAGGAAGAAAAGAAAAUCGAAAAAGAAAUGAAGGAAGCCGAAGCCGAAUAUACCAUCAAAGAAGUUAAAUUCCUCCAAACUGAAAUUUUAAAAUCAAUUUUUGUUCUCUACUUUAGAAUUAUUAAAAAGGCUCCACAAUCACCAGCCCUCAAUAGUGUAUUGGAAGGUCUUGCUAAAUUCUCACAUUUAAUUUCCGUUGAUUUCUUGGGUGAUCUCUUGAGAGUAUUGGGAGAGCUCAUUGAGAAUGGUAUCACAUCAAUUGCCAACGCUUUAAAUACAAAUAUAACUGCUUUUAAAACAAUCAAAUUACAUGGUAACUCCCUUAAUGUAGAUUUAAAGGACUACUAUGUCAAAGUAUAUGGUUUGUUAACCGAAAUGAUUCUUCCAGAUCAACAAUCAAAUAUUCCAAUUGCAUUAGAGGCAUUCUAUUUAAUGUUGGGUGAUAAGAAACAAACUGCAGUUGGUCGUGUUGCCGCUUACAUUAAAAGAUUGGCCACCGUUUCGCUUGCAUUACCACCACAUGCCUCAUUGGCAAUCGUUUCAUUCAUUAAACAAUUAUUUGUCAUUUAUCCACAAACCCAACGUCUCUUAGAGAUGGAUCAAACUUUUAGUGGUGGUGAUUACGUUUAUGAAGCACCAGAUCCAGACCAUUGCAACCCAUUCGCUACAACUCUUUGGGAAUUAACUUUAUUCACCCGUCAUUGGCAUCCAAAGAUCGAGCCAAUCGUAAAACGUAUUUUAUCAUACAGCGAAGAACAAAUGGCAAAACAAUCAAUCUCUCGUGAAAAAUCACCAAUCGAAUUAUAUCUUGCUUUUGAUAAUAGCAAAGGUGGCUUUAAUCCUCAAAUCGAACCACCAAAAGAACAUUAUUUAGAAACUAAAGCAAAGAAAUUAAAGAAAUCAUACAAAAAUCGUGAAAUCUAUGUAUUUAUUACACCACAAAAACAAUAUAAUAAAUCAAGUUUCCUCAAACAAUGUCAACAACAAUCUAGCGAUAAAUCAAUUCAAAAAGUUUUAAAUACAGAUGUUAACCAAGAUGGUAUUCCAAAUUUCGAAUAUUUCACUAAAAAUUAUUUAGAAUAUAACCAACAAAUUAAAUUAUAUAAAAAAGCUGAAGAUUUAAAGAACUUGAAAGAAAAAUUAUCAAAAUUAAAAAUACAAUCACAAACUAAACAACCACAA